AUCACUGGAGAGGUACGUCACUAUAGCGGAAUAUCGCUUCGCUCCUGGAGCAGUGUGUAGUACGCCACCUGAAGACACUGUGUGUCGUGAUGAGCACAAUGGUGAAAUGGUUGGUGAGGGAGUUCGCUGUAGAUACACCACACUGGCGUCAGCUUAUUUUUCCAAUUUGCUUGGCAGUUGCGUUUAGACUGUCUCAGAAAAUAUGUGAAAAGUAUUUAUUCCAGUCCCAUGCCGCAUCCCGGAAUGUAAAAACUCCGUGGCGACAUAGAUUGCAACAGCUGGAAGUACUAGAUUCAGCUUCAAAAGCAAUAGCAGACAUUGUAAGUGCGCAUAUUCGGAAGCUGACAGGCCAACAGAUAAAAUUUUCUCAUGGUGAGCGUUCUCGUACAGUGAAAGUAAUCAGAUCAUGGUGGUUCUUUGUGUACUACAUUCAGUCAUGUAUAUUUGCAUAUUGCAUUGUGCAGAAAGAGCUAUGGAUGUGGGAUACAAGAUUGUGGUGGUUACAAUUACCCAUAUCAGGUUGUAACAACCCAGUGCUGGAUGUACUAUAUGACCAGUAUGGCUUUCAGUUGGUCAGUGGUUGUGUCAGAGAUCAAAAAGAUGCCUCCAGACUUGUCACCAACUUUAUUGUCCCACUUGUGUAUAAUUUUAUAUAUGUCCCUUUCAUGGCUUAAUGGUUUUUAUCGUGUAACAAUUGCUUUAGUUUUUGUUGAGGACUUCUCAAAUCUUCUAAAAGAGGCGACAAAACUAAUCAAAUAUUGCAACUACAGAAUUGUGUACAGAAUGCUUCUCCCAGUCUACAUAGUUGUCUGGACGUGUACUCACCUUGUGUUCUUUCAAUUUUGGGUACUGAGUAGUGUCUACACCGAUUCUCCAGAGACAUUAAAAGAUUCUCCAUUGUAUUAUAUCUAUAGUCCACUGUUCAUCUGUAUGUUGGCAGUGAGAUACUAUACUGCACUACUACUUCUGAGGGGUUUAUUUCAGUAAACUUUACUCUGAUACUUAUCAUUUAAAUUUUAAAAUAACCGAUUAUUUCUUACUUACACAACUUAAUGACAACUGUUAUAUUCUUAAUUCUUUUUUCUAAUUUGACAGUGACAUCAGUAAGUGAUACUGAUAAAAGGAAGAUUUUUUAUGUAUUUGGCUUAAUUACAUAUAACAGCCAGAUAAGUAUUUUACCUGUGAUGUACUACCAAUGUAUACAUAAGGUGUAAUUUGAUAAGUUUUUAUCUGCCUGCUCUUGACAUAUCCUAAGAUUUGUACAAGAGAAUCCUUCAUUACUGAUGUAAUAAAUUGUUUUAAAAACAUUUUGAUACAUACUGUGCAUAAUAUUGUAAUGUUUUUUAAACUCGUGGAUGCAUUGGCACUAGCCUUAAAAAACAUGUAGUGAAUGUUUCUUUA